UUCUCGUGUGGGGCAAAUAAUCUACAUGUUACGUUCGUUAUUUUCCCUUUCCAAUAUUCGCUUUUCAUUCACCUUCACCUCUCUAGCUUUCAUGUUCAGAAGCCUCGACGCUAACGUGCGCAUCCUCGGAGUAUUCGACGACGCCAUUGGCGCCACUGCUGCCGCAGCUCCCACACACAGGUCUGUUAUUCCUUGUACAUUUCCUUCGAAAAUCGCUUCCUCUGCUACACUGCAUAAAACCCUAGCUUUUUCUUCCUAUAAUUAGAAGUUCACACUUGUAAGUAACACAGAAGUACACGCAUAAUUGGGCUGUACACAAGUGUAUCUGAACUUAGGGUUUGGAUUGGAUAACCUAUGUUUGCCUAGCCUUGGAUUGGGAUAAACCUUUGUUUGGUUGGUUGAAGGGGAGAAUUUUUGUAUGAGAUACGAACGUUGUUCUGAACCCUAGGUUUGUGUCUCCGAAGACCUAGGGUUGACAAGAUGGAAUUGGAGGAGGAGGAGAAGAAUCCUGGUUCUAGGAAAAGAGCGAAGGUGAGUCAGGCCGGGUUGGAUUCCGGUGAUGAUGAGCCGAUUAGGUCAUUGUUUAAGCUGAAAAGCAAGAGAAACCCUAAGAAGGUUAAGACAAAAUCGAAAGGGAGUGAUUUGGGGGAUGUGAAUGAGGAUUUGGGGGGUAUUGAUAUGGAUGAUACAUUGGCUAGUUUUAGGAAGAAGCUGAAGGAUCCAAAGAAGGAGAUUGGAUGCGGCCAGUAUCUGAAUGGGGAUGUAAAGGGUGGAGGUUUGGCAAUUGAAACUUCGGAUAAAGAGAAGGCAAGUAGCAAGGGUGAAUCUGAUGGGAGCAUUUGUAAAGAAUCAGAAAUUAGGGUUAAGGAGAAAGUUAAAAGAUCCAAGAGUGCUUCCAAGUCUAAGAAAAGCGGAGGUUGUACUGGGGAAGAGUCUAAACCUGUUAUGGAUGAUUAUGCAGAAGAUCCAUUGUCUACCUUUAUACAGAAGCCACAAUCAGGUUUGGCAACGAAAUCUCGACCAUCUUUGCUAUCAAAACAGAAAGAGGGAAAUCACGCUUCCAGGAAUGGAUUGACCUCUUGUGAUGUCUCAUCUGGUUAUAACGUGCGUUUGGAGUAUCCUGAAGCAAUUGCAGAUGAUUCAGUUCCAAUUUCCGAUCUUCAAAGGUCUCAGUCCUGCUUAAGUGCAUGUGAUAGUAAGACUGCACGGCUUAAAGAAGGAAUAGUGGACAGACAGACAGGUGACAUUCCUGAUGGAAACCCGAUGGAACCCUAUGGCUCAGACCAUCUUGAUGAUGGGUAUUCCGAGGAGUUUCUCUCUGUUGAGAUGAAAAAUGAUUGUUCUCUUCCAAGUCAGGUGUCAACAUUGAGAACCAAGAACAUCAAGGGUGGAACGAGGAAAGCUGUUGAAAAGUCUGAUUUGGUUUUUGAUGCAGAUGUCGAAAAUGCAGGGUCUGAUGGUUGUGAUGCUUUCUGUCAAGUUUCUGGUACUUGCAUUGAGGAUCCAGAGCUUGCUUCAUCCUAUUCACAUAAGGAGGAUGCCACAAUAUCCGAGAGGUUCGUUGGAAUCCGCAAGGCCAACGAAGCCUCUUCUCCAUCCAUCACACCUGGUCAAAAUGCAAGUUAUGCAGAAGAUAAAGGUCAUCUGUGCGAUCAAGAGUUUAAUGAUAAGAAGCAAUUGGAAGUACAACGUGCUGUGCGUAAGGCUAAAAAGCGCAGGCAAUGGGACAUGGCUUAUGAGGGGGAUGCUGAUUGGGAGUAUCUGAUUCAUGGGCAAGGUUUUCUUGAAAGCAACCUUGCUGAGAAUGAUGAUCAGUCAUCAAGAGCAAGACCAAACUUCAACUCCUCUUCUAAUGCACUUACAGAGGCUGAAUAUGGGGAAAUAUCAGCUGUAUCCGUUGGACUGAAAGCUCGGGAAGCUGGUCCACUUGAGAAGAUUAAAUUUAAGGAGCUACUGAAAUGCAAAGGUGGGCUUCAGGAAUAUUUGCAAUGCAGGAAUCAGAUCUUAGGCCUUUGGAGGAAAGAUGUGAGCCGUGUCUUGCCUCUCACGGAGUGUGGAGUCGCUGCUAAUCCUUCAGCGGAUGAACCAACACGUACUUCUCUAGUUAGGGAGAUAUAUGCUUUUCUGGAUCGAAGUGGUUAUAUGAAUGUCGGGGUUGCUUCAGAAAAGGACAGAGCAGAACCUAGUUCCAUGCACAAUUUCAAUCUUUUGGAGGGGAGAAACAUUGGGGAAAAAGCUAGGGACACUGAUGCCGGUCUCUUGCAACUUGGAAAGAAGAUUAUUGUCAUAGGUGCAGGCCCAGCUGGCUUAACUGCAGCCCGUCAUUUGCAACGCCAGGGUUUUUCUGUUACCAUACUUGAGGCUAGGAAUAGAAUAGGGGGUCGCGUUUAUACGGAUCACUCAUCUCUUUCAGUUCCUGUGGAUCUUGGAGCUAGCAUUAUCACGGGAGUUGAGGCUGAUGUUGCUACAGGAAGGAGGCCUGAUCCUUCUUCAUUGGUUUGUGCUCAGUUGGGCCUUGAGCUGACUAUAUUGAAUAGUGACUGCCCUCUUUAUGAUGUUGUUACGGGCCAGAAAGUCCCCGCAGAUUUGGAUGAAGCCUUGGAAGUAGAAUUUAACAGCCUCCUUGACGACAUGGCACUGCUUGUUGCUCAAAAGGGUGAACGAGCAAUGAAAAUGUCUCUUGAAGAUGGUUUAGAGUAUGCCCUUAAAAGGCGUCGCACGGUUCGAUUGGGACGAAAGGGGAUGAUGGGAAGUGAAUUGCAUAAUUCUGUGGAUGCCUUAGUUCAUUCUGAAGCUGGUGUUGAUGGAAAAGUUUCAGAGAUCCAUAGCUCUGAGGAGAUUUUGAGUCCUCUUGAGAGGAGGAUUAUGGAUUGGCAUUAUGCCCAUUUGGAAUAUGGUUGUGCUGCUUUGCUUAAAGAAGUUUCUCUUCCUUACUGGAAUCAGGAUGAUGUUUAUGGAGGUUUUGGAGGAGCUCAUUGUAUGAUUAAAGGGGGUUACGGCACUGUUGUUGAAUCUCUAGGGGAGGGACUUUGUGUCCACUUGAACCAUGUGGUCACAGAUAUUUCAUACAGCACAAAGGAUUGUGGAGGAAAUGAUGACCAGGUUAACAAAGUUACAGUUUGUACAUCAAACGGUGGAGAGUUCUCAGGAGAGGCAGUCUUGGUCACAGUGCCACUGGGGUGCCUAAAAGCUGGAGCCAUCAAAUUUUCACCUCCAUUACCCCAGUGGAAAGAAUUAUCUAUCCAAAGACUUGGUUUUGGUGUACUUAAUAAAGUGUUUUUGGAAUUUUCCGAAGUCUUUUGGGAUGAUUCUGUUGAUUACUUUGGUGCAACUGCAGAAAAAACAAACAUGAGGGGCCAGUGCUUCAUGUUUUGGAAUGUCAAGAAAACUGUUGGGGCGCCUGUUCUUGUUGCCCUGGUUGUUGGUAAGGCAGCUAUGGAUGGUCAAUAUAUGAACUCCUCUGAUCAUGUGAAUAACGCCUUAACAGUUCUGCGCGAACUUUUUGGAGUGGACGCAGUCUCGGAUCCAGUUGCGUCAGUAGUGACAGACUGGGGAAAGGAUCCUUUUAGCUUUGGUGCUUACUCAUAUGUUGCUAUGGGUUCAUCUGGAGACGACUAUGAUCUAUUGGGUAGGCCAGUUGAAAAUUGUGUGUUUUUCGCUGGUGAAGCCACGUGCAAGGAACAUCCAGAUACUGUUGGCGGUGCAAUGAUUAGUGGUCUUAGGGAGGCUGUGCGAAUGCUUGAUAUACUUAAUACGGGGUAUGAUUAUACAGCAGAAGUAGAAGCAAUAGAGGCUGCGGAAAGACAUUCAGACGGUGAAAUGAAUGAAGUUUGUGACAUUGUGAAGAGACUUGAAGCUUUUAAGCUCUCUAAUGUCGUGCACAAGGACACUGUGGAUGGGACCCAAAUUUUUACUAGGGAAGCUUUACUAGAAGAAAUGUUCUCUAAUGCUAAAACUACUGCUGGGCGUUUGCAUCUAGCCAAAGAGUUGUUGAAUCUUCCCCUAGAAGCUCUGAAGUCCUUUGCUGGGACAAAGGAAGGGCUCAGCACGCUCAACUUAUGGAUACUGGAUUCGAUGGGGAAGGAUGGUACCCAACUUUUGCGUCAUUGUGUUCGCGUUCUUGUGCUUGUUUCAACUGAUCUCCUUGCAGUACGUUUGUCAGGUAUUGGGAGAACUGUAAAAGAAAAAGUUUGUGUACAUACUAGCCGCGACAUACGUGCCAUAGCAAGUCAACUAGUGAACAUGUGGAUUGAAGUUUUUCGCAAGGAAAAAGCUUCUAAUGGUGGCUUGAAGUUAGUGAGGCAAUCGAGUGUUGCAGAUUCUUUAAAAAGCAAAUGUCUAGCUUCAGGAAAGCCACCUCUGCGCAUGCAUCAUGGUCCACCAGAGAGUAAAGAAAGUUCACAGAUUUCGGCAUUUCCUGGAAGUCAUUUGCCUCGUGGUGCGAACCUUAAGAGAGAGAAUAUCAAGUUGGAAACCAGGGCUGACUCAAAAUUGGAGGUUAAGUUAUCAAGGUCUCAAGGUUCUGUUGGUAGAGAUAAUGCCAAGGGCGAAGAAGGCCACAACUUUUUGAUGUCUGAAGAAGAACAAGCUGCCUUUGCUGCAGCAGAAAAAGCCCGAGCGGCAGCUCUUGCAGCUGCUGAGGCAUAUGCGUCUUCUGAAGCCAAGUGCAACACAUCGUUGCCACUUCCUAAGAUACUUUCAUUCCAUAAAUUUGCGAGACGGGACUCACGUGAGCAGUACACACACAUGGAUGAGUCUGAUUUUAGGAGGAAGUGGUCUGAUGGAGCCUUGGGAAGACAAGAAAUUGCAUCAGAAAUAGAUUCUAGGAAUUGCAGAGUUAGGGAUUGGUCUGUGGAUUUUUCCUCUGCCUGUGUCAACAUUGACAGUUCAAAAAGGUCAAUUGAUAACCUCUCACAGCGGAGCCACUCCAAUGAGAUUGCUUGCCAAUCGAACUUUAGAGGGAACUCACCCGAAAGUGCAGCUGUCGACAGCAGUAUAUUUACCAAAGCAUGGGUGGAUACUGAUGGUAGCAGUGGGAUAAAAGACUGGAAUGCCAUUGACAGAUGGCAAUCUCAAGCUGCUGCUGCUGAUUCUGACUUCUUCCAUCGGGCUAUGCAGUUAAGGGAUGAGGAGGAUUCAAAUAUGAAUUCAAAACGACCUACACUUAGACAUGGACAAUUGCCAAAUGAGAGCUCUGUUUCACAAGUUACGGUUAACAAAGAGUUGGUUGGAAAUCAACCGAAAGGGGUAGAGCAUAUUAAACAGGCUGUUGUGGAUUACGUUGCAUCGUUGCUCAUGCCGCUUUAUAAGGCCAGGAAAAUUGAAAAGGAAGGUUACAAGUCGAUAAUGAAGAAAACUGCAACCAAGGUCAUGGAGCAGACCACAGAUGCAGAGAAAACCAUGGCGGUUUAUGAGUUUCUAGAUUUCAAGCGAAAAAAUAAGAUUCGGUCUUUUGUCGACACAUUGAUUGAGAGACACAUGGCAACGAAACCGGUUGUAAAACCUCAAUAGACCUGAGGAUAGACUGGUGACAAUUUUGUAUGCCUUUGGUACAAGAGUAGCAGAGAACAUCUCUUAUUGCCUACUUCAUGAACAGAGAAACUGGUCAAUUAGUGGUAUUGACAUUCCAGAGGGUAGCUUUGGGCCGAGUUUCUCAAUUUAAAUACGCCUAAGCAGAACAUCCCCAUCAUGCUGUCACCAGUUGGGAAGGUGCUGCAGAAUAGAGGAGACAGGUUUCUGUAAGCAUGAGACCCAUUCAAACGUGUUCCAUCCAAGUUUUGUAGUUCAUUCUGCAUCAUUGUCUUCAAGCCUUCAAUUCUGUUUGAAGAUAGCAUCAGGAUACUUGCAGGGGUUUAUAUAAAUUUAGUUUUACCGACGCCAACAUAUAAUAUGCUGGCGUUGGGUCAGGCGACCCCAUGGAAAAAUCAUUACUGCUACUAUGGUACUAAAAAAAUUUAUGAUUUGUUAA